GCGGGCGAAGGGCAUGCCGGGAGCCGCCUAACGCCGCGCUGAGGGCGGCCGGGCCGGGCAGAGCCGGGCGCUGGCGGCGGCGGCGGCACCGACCGUCCCCACCUGAGGGGCCGCAGCCUGCAAACCCCACCCCCGGCCGCUCCCCCGCCGGCGAGGCCCGGCCCAUGGCGAGGCGCUCGGCGGGUCGGGGCGGCCGCUUGCUGCCCGCUCCAGACGGGCCCGCAGGUAGCGGUAGCGGCGGUCGGGCCGGGCCAUGCGCGACUACGAGGACGUGACCGCCUUCCUGGGCGAGUGGGGCCGCUUCCAGCGGCUCGUCUUCUUCCUCCUCAGCGCCAGCAUCGUCCCCAACGGCUUCAACGGCCUCUCCAUCGUCUUCCUGGCCGGGACCCCCGAGCACCGGUGCGCCGUGCCCCGCGGGGCCAACCUGAGCGGCGAAUGGCGCAACGCCAGCAUCCCGCUGGAGCUGCGGGAAGGGCGGGCGGCGCCGAGCCGCUGCCGCCGGUACCGCCUGGCCGCGCUCGCCAACUUCUCGGCGCUGGGGCUGCGGCCCGGCUCCGACGUGGAGCUGGGGUCGCUGGAGCAGGAGCCCUGCCUGGACGGCUGGGAGUACAGCCGCGACGUCUACCGCUCCACCAUCGUCACCGAGUGGAAUCUCGUAUGUGAUGACGACUGGAAGGGACCCCUGAGCACCUCCCUGUUCUUUGUGGGCGUCCUGCUCGGAUCUUUCUUAUCAGGACAGCUCUCAGACAAGUUUGGCAGGAAGAAUGUGCUGUUUGCAACUCUGGCAAUGCAGACUGGCUUCAGCUUCAUACAGGUCUUCUCUACCAGCUGGGAGAUGUUUUCAGUGUUCUUUGUGCUGGUCGGCAUGGGACAAAUAUCUAACUACGUGGCAGCAUUUGUUCUUGGCACAGAAAUUCUUGGCAAAUCAAUCCGUGUGCUAUUCUGCACGCUAGGCGUUUGCAUAUUUUACGCAUUUGGCUACAUGUUGCUGCCACUGUUUGCUUACUUCAUCAGAGACUGGCGGAUGCUGCUGCUGGCGCUUACUUUACCUGGGCUCCUCUGCAUCCCACUCUGGUGGGUCAUUCCAGAAUCUCCACGAUGGCUGAUCUCCCAGGGAAGAUUUCAAGAGGCAGAAGACAUCAUCCGAAAGGCUGCAAAAACUAAUGGCAUUACAGCCCCAGAUGUAAUACUUGACCCUAGUGAGCUGCAAGAUUUGAAUUCCCAGAAGCAACAGACGUACACCAUUUUGGAUCUAAUGAAAACUCGAAAUAUCCUAACUAUCACAAUUAUGUCAGUGAUUCUUUGGAUGAUAAUCUCUGUUGGUUAUUUUGGACUUUCUCUUGACACGCCUAACUUGCAUGGAGACGUCUAUGUGAACUGCUUCCUCUCAGCAGUGAUUGAAGUUCCAGCCUACGUUAUUUCCUGGCUGCUGCUCCGAAAUCUCCCUCGACGGUAUUCAAUGGCUGCUGCGUUAUUCUUGGGAGGCUGUGUUCUUCUCUUCAUUCAGCUGGUGCCUUCACAUAUUCGUGCACUAUCUAUUCUACUGGUGAUGUUAGGGAAAUUCGGGAUCACAUCUGCCUUUUCAAUGGUUUAUGUUUACACGGCUGAGCUCUACCCAACAGUAGUGAGAAAUAUGGGCGUUGGAGCAAGUUCCAUGGCCUCUAGACUGGGCAGUAUCCUCUCACCUUACUUCGUUUACCUCGGUGCCUAUGAUCGAUUCCUGCCUUACAUCCUGAUGGGGAGUCUGACUGUGCUAUCAGGAAUUCUGACUUUAUUUCUGCCAGAAAGCUAUGGUAUGCCUCUUCCGGACACAAUUGAGCAAAUGCUGUUGGUGAAAGGAUUAGAAUACAGGCCUGCAUCUAGUAGCACAAGAGAUUCCAAGGAGGAAGAAGAAAAUCCAGAGAUUUGUAAAAGCACAGCUUUUUGAUGGAACUCCUCUGUACUUCCUGGUGGACUGAAACUUAAAUGGACUUUUCUUCUAAAAUUCAUUCUAGAAAGGGCUAGUGGCAGCACUUUGUUUCCUCUAAUUUUAACCUUAUUUAUUAAUUUAAACACUGUGUUCCGUACAUUCUCUUUUUAUAUGAACAUAAAUACCAUAUAGCCUUCAAUGAGAUUUUUCAGCCACAGUUGUUGUAAUGCAGUAGUACCAUGGAACGGUAUCUGAUCAAUCCUUUGUAACUUUAAGCGUAUGGUUCAGCUGAAAGAUACUUGAAAAUGAGUUCAGGGGCUGGCAGGCGUACCUGGGUUCCUCAGUGAACCUUCUCCAGAGCUAAUGCACAUCAAGAAGUAAAAAUUGCCAGAAAAAGCUGCUAAUUGGUUUUGAUUCCUUGACUUCUGUCUCUGGACAGGAAACUUAUUUAUUAUAGUGAAGGCUAUAAGAACAUGUCUCUCUGUGAUCUUACUCAAAUGACUUUGCACAUGCUGAAUUUGAUACCAAAUUCAGAAAGAUGCAAAGAAAGAUUUUGAGAAUUAAUUCUAACUUGAUACAUUUAAACUCAAUGUAGAUUGAAAGGGUUGUCUUGCACAAAGUAUUCGUAGCACUGAAAUUUUGCUCACAAAAUUCACUUGAUUCCAGUGCUGCCUGUACCUGUAUGGUAAAGCUGUUUACAUCUGACCCUGGAUGUGGCCUGCUUCCAGGCCACAUUUGUUUUAAAUGAUGCAAACGGUUUCAUCUGUGUGUGGAGGGAGCGGUAUUAGUUUGGGGUUCUUCCCUUUUGAUGUGUGGUGCAAGUUUUAUGUCUAAAUUGUUUUAACAUCUUUUGUGCAAUUUGGAGGACAGAAACAAUUCUCCUGUCUUUCUUCUGUGCUUUUCAUGCACAUGCACAUACACACGCACACAAUUAAUGUAUUUUAGAGACAAAUUUUUGUGUUAAUCUAUGCCACUGCAUUGACCUCAUGGUGGAAUGUACUGAGAGCAAAAUUCAGAAGGUAUUUCUGACCACUGGUUCUCGAUUUCUCAAGUGCCAACUGUACGAUUGCUGUGAGGUCUGUUAUUUCACUUAACUUAUGUAAUCAGUGAAUUGUUUUCAAAUUGUUUGAAAAAAAAAAACCCACAAAAAAAUCUUGUUGACAAUCUGCCAAGAAAUUGUUCCUUGGGACGUGGAAGCACCCUUGGCAUUACCUGUGUUUCUUUAAAUAUAUACAGUAUAUCCAUACACCCAGUCUCGUUUGUGCUAUUCUGAUUAUACCUUGACAGAUGUGAGUGGUGAAAGAUUUCUCUCUUGUGGCACUUGUUUGUGUUUUGUUGUGUCUUGUAGAGACUUAAUAAGCAGAACCUAAACCUUCGUAGCCAAAGCUGUCAGGGGCCUUACUCUCUGCUGCGGCAGCUGGUUGUGGAAGUUUUGCAUUUUCCUACUGUAUUUAAAUACAUAGGUGGCAUCGGCUGAUUCUAGGCUUUUGUUAACCAAUACCCCAUAUUCUGCCCUUGGUAACUGGCUCCAGUAGUCGGACUGAUGGGUGCCCUCCAGACUGCUUGUCCUAGAAACAAGAAGGUAGAAAACACUGUACAGACUAUAGUGGUUUGGUUUGUUCAAACUCUUCCUACCAGUGUCUUGAGCUUUAGGGUUUGCUCUGCUUUCCCUGCAUUUUCUCACCUACUUGUUUAGUAUUUUAAUUUCUGCAUGGAGAAGGAAGUUAGCUAAUGUUACUGGGUCAGAGAACAAUACCGAGAAACAUAGUUUUGUCGUACCAUCAGUUCUUCCGAGGGGAGAAAUCUGAACGUUUGGGCAGGUUCCGUGUCACUCCUGUUAGGUUGACAGGCCCUCGCUAGGCAGGUUUAAAACGCAGUGUGUGAUUUGAAGCUAGUGCGAAAAUUGAGAAUCUGGAUUUUGCAAGCCUCGCUGCACAUCAUGUAAUAGCCUUGACAUGAGCAAAUACAUGUCAGGAGAGUGCAUGUAACAGCCGGUCUCCCUUGCCCAAAAGACAUGAUACAAUUUGUCAGGCUUACCACCUUUUUUUAAAUAUUCACUGCAAACAUAAGAGUAUGUUCUGAAACUUGGUAUAGAUAUUUUUCUUUGUCAACCUUAUUUCUAGGAACUGGAACAUGUAGAAGCAGCUUCUUUUCUGUGUGUUGUAGAAUUAUCUGAUAACCGCAGGAAUCUGAGGCAAAACUCAUUUGUCUGCAACUUCCUUGUAAUGAAUUUGCCAAUGUAAACAACUGUGUCCCAUAAGUCUCUUCCUGUGAAAUGUUUAGGAAAAUAUCCUGAAAUGUAAGAUACGUGCUUGCCUGAUACAUGAACUAGUAUGGAAAUUCCUGUCCUGAAGUGCAGAGUUUAUUUAAUGUCUGAUUUAGCUGUAAUUUCUUAGCCAUUGUUUUAUCCAGGUAUGUACCUUGACAGUGAGACUUUUGUUCUUGAAUAUUUAAAUAUUCUGAUGUUUACUAAAGUUUUUUGUGGGGCUUUUUGUUGUUGUUCUUUAGGGUUUUUUUUAAUCCAGACAAUUGGGGAAUUUCCUGGUUAUGACUACUACUACAAAACGCAAUGGCAAUCUCUUUGUGUCAGAAAAAUACUUUUUUUUUCCCUUGCUUGUAUUUUUAAAAACAGAAAGGAUGAGUCAGAAAUGUAGAAUAUAUUUAAUAUAGCAUACUGGGUUAAUUUGUGUUUACUUUUUUUAUCCUACUCUUUUCAAGUUUGUCUCUAACACAAGGAGCUUGUUCUAGUGGGUAGGCAGAAUCCAGCUAAUAGGCAUUUCCAAAAGAAAUUGAGGGAAUAUUUUAAUAUAGGUAGCUGAUCUGAUCUCUGCAAAUAAAAUGAGGAUUAAAGGACCUGAUCCAGUCGUUGGCAAAUCUUAAGAGUGGCAUCAGUGCUGGCAACAGUAAGACUUUUAGCACUAAGUGUGGCUACAGGUAUACCUGCAGAAUAAAGCACUGCUGCUGCACUGUGCCUUGGCUUUGAAAGGUGUCUGCCAAGUGCCACGUUUUCAGACAUGGCCAAUCCUAGAUAAUGUAUGGUUUCAUUAAUAGACGAGUUGGCACAUCACUCUACAUUACGCUGAUGCAAAGCAGGAUUGGGACUGACUUUCUGAGACUCUGCUGUGAACACACCGCUUUAUAACUUGCAUUUCUGAGACACGUUUCACUCACCUCUGUGGAGCUGUUGUGUGAGUGUCAUGAAAUGAGUCAAGGUCCACAUCGGAGACGCUUCUCUCGGCCUCGUGGUGGAGAGGUGAAGUCACACACAGAUUGUCCCUUCUGGAAAGAGUUGAUGGUUUUUAGUACCAGUAUUGGGAUGCAUCUAAACACGGGUCUUGCCUUGUGUGCUGGCUCAUGGGGAAGGACCUGUUCUGCUGCUCUCUGGGAAAGCCAGUGUUUUUGCUCCUGUUAUCCUCAAAGUAGUAGCGAGUGACACUUUGUAAGGGGGAAGGGACAGAGUUUGCCUUUGAAAGAGCAGUUGUGCUAAACCUGUGAGCUCCUUGUAUUGGGGAGGAAGAUAAUACAGACUUUGACAUUCAGGCUAACCUUAACCUGGGAAAUACUGAAUGGUUUUGGGUGCCCAUAACCUGUAUUACAGCAGCAAUACAGGUUAUACAAAAUUAUCUGGUCAGGCAAAAUUCUCUGUUGCUAGAGAACAAUGCACACUACAGUAUCUUCACCAAGGAAAACAGCAUAUGGCCUUGGGCUGGGAAGUAGGAUCCCUUCCUUUCCAGCUCUUAGACUUACUUCUUUCAUCAUCUUGGGCAUGUUGCAUAAUCCUGUGACUUCAGUUUCCGUGCUUUCAAGUGGAAAUACCAUUAAUUCAAAAGGUACCCUAAUUUCUUGGGAUGUUCAUGCCCCAGUCUGUAUUUGUUAGAUUCUCUGUUCGACUCUCCUGAUGGUUAAUGUAAUGCCUGCAUGAGCAUUAUCUAGUAUUUCCUCUUUCAGAAGCAGGCAACUUCAGAUGACUUCUGACACUACUUUUGUUAGGAGGUGUGAACACCUCCUCCCCUGUUUCCAAGUUACAGUGUGGAAGAAGAAAGCACAGGGAGGUGGUGCAUUUCCCCGGGGAAUUGCAGUGCAGUAAGUCAAGACAAGGACUGGGUUUUGAAUGCUUAAUCAUAUUAUUUUAAUUGCACAGCCCCUUCAUAGUUCUACAAGAAACUGCCUGCAGCGUGCCACCUGUGCGGGUGGGCAUUAUUGAACAUUUUCACCAUGCACCUAACUACAUUGUAAAAAUACGGUUCUUUUCAGAGGACUUUCAUUUUGAGUUAUGACGAUGUUAAUACUGUAUUGCUGAUCUCAAGGAAUUCAAGAUUAAUGUGAGUUAUACCCAUCUCUGCUUUACAGCUGGUUCUGUUUUAUAGUCUCUUUUUAUAGGGCUUUUCUUUUUAACACUCUCCAGGGACCUGCGCACGUGAGCACAGCAAGCGCGCAAGGAAACUGAUGGGACUGUCUCUGCGAAUAAAUACCUAUUUCAGUAUUUGUAGAAUAGAACCUUAACCCUGGCAUUUGUAAAUGGUUUUCUUAAAGCAUAGAAUUGGCUCAGGCACCAUAAUGCCUGCCUUACAAAUGCCUUUGGGGGCACUUUAAACUAGUAAUGGCCACAGCCUUGGAUACAGAAAGAUACAGAAAUUUCUUCUAAGAAUGUAAAUAUUCCUACCUGUAAGUAAAUUGAUUCUUAUCCUAGUUUUUUAUAGAAAAAUGCUGUUCUUUGUAAAAUUCAGAAUAAAAUUGUAUCUGGAAUUAUCUUUAAAA